AUGAUGGAGAAGAAGAAGAAGAUUGGCCAACUGAUGGAAAUGGUGGUGUUGGUUCUCGUUCUGUUGACUUCCGUGCUGCACGGGGCAGUGACUGGUCAUCAACCCGGGAUUUACGUGGACAAUGGAUUCGAUCAGACUGUUUUGGAGCCGUUUUUAAAUCGCUACGAAAAGGAGGAAAUGGAGGACGAAAUGUUGACUUUGCUUGGUCAGUUUGCCCACCUUCGUUCGUUUAUGCUGGACGUGUACAACAGCAUGGACUCCAACGAAGAAACGGGAAAUUUGAGAAUUCGCGCUAAUCACCGAUCAUCGCGAGAUUUGAAACACUUCGGAGUCACAGAAGGCGACGUGGUUGGACAUGUGAUUGAAACCAUGAUGGAGAAGAAGAAGAAGAUUGGCCAACUGAUGGAAAUGGUGGUGUUGGUUCUCGUUCUGUUGACUUCCGUGCUGCACGGGGCAGUGACUGGUCAUCAACCCGGGAUUUACGUGGACAAUGGAUUCGAUCAGACUGUUUUGGAGCCGUUUUUAAAUCGCUACGAAAAGGAGGAAAUGGAGGACGAAAUGUUGACUUUGCUUGGUCAGUUUGCCCACCUUCGUUCGUUUAUGCUGGACGUGUACAACAGCAUGGACUCCAACGAAGAAACGGGAAAUUUGAGAAUUCGCGCUAAUCACCGAUCAUCGCGAGAUUUGAAACACUUCGGAGUCACAGAAGGCGACGUGGUUCAAGGGCAUCAUUUUUCUGCUGGAAGGUUGCGUCAUGGGGAUCAUCAUCAGACCAGAUUCUGGUUCGAUGUCAGGUCAGCGCCUUGGGAACAAGAUGAUCUGAUCGGAGCAGAGUUGAGAGUGUACAAGGAAGGGCUGAAACCGCCUCACGCGUUUGCCGGGUCGAAGACCCCGUUCAACGUUGAAGUGUAUCAAGUUAUCCCAAGUUUGACUUCAAGUGAAAAGCGGCUCGAUUUGAUCUCCAAGUUGAACACGACUCUGGAUUACGACGGAUGGUUGACAUUCAAUGUGACGAAGGCUUUCACCGAUUGGAUGGUGUUUCCGGAUACGAAUUUCGGAUUGUACCUGGACGUGAAUCUCGCGGAUGGCCACGUUGCGAAGCCGAUUCAAGUGGGUCUCCAUUCCCACCACCUGGUGAGAGCCGAGAAGGAGCCCUUUUUGGCUGGGUUUUUCAAAUCUUCUGAAUCGCCGGAAGGAAACGUUUUGCACGCUAGAAAAGCGAGGAGAGCUGUUUCCAACGGAGGAUCCCAGGGAGGGAAGAAAAAGCGCAAGAACAAUUCGAAAAGUCACGCCAAACGAAAGAAACUGCGAAUCCCUCGUCACUCGAAUUGCGGGAGACGCAACCUGUACGUGAGCUUCAAGGACCUGAAUUGGCAGGACUGGAUCAUCGCCCCGAACGGGUACCCGGCGUUCUAUUGCGAAGGCGAGUGCACUUUUCCGCUGAAUGCGCAAAUGAAUGCCACGAACCACGCCAUUGUUCAAACGCUGGUCAACCUGAUGAGCCAGCACACGGCGCCAAAGCCCUGCUGUGCUCCCACGAAACUGGGUGAAGUAUCCGUCAUAUUCUAUGACGACGACUCGAAUGUCAUUUUGAAGCGCUAUCGCAAUAUGCAAGUGAAGGCUUGCGGUUGUCACUGAGGUGCUUCUAUUUUUAUUUUUAAAUUUUUUUUUUUUGGCAGAGGGUGGAAAUGGUCCUUUUUUUUUUUAAUUACUGCUGGUCGUGCGAAUCCCCCGCGAAUUUAUUUUGAAGCAUCUCAUUAGUUAUUGAUUCAGGCUUUUUGUGAUUAUUUCGUGGUAAAAUGCGAGUAGUAAUUUCAUUUUCUGACAUACGUACUGAACUGUACUGUUUUUCGCUCCGGAGUACGCGUGGCAUUAUUCGAGAAUUGAUCAAGUUUUGCUCUUUUGAAUGAAAGCAGAAGACUUUGUCGCCUUAGGAUUUGACGCAUACGCCUUUGAACGCACAUUUUUUUUAUCUUAGUCCAGAAAAAUGCCGAAAUUUUAAGAUCAUAAUACUGUAUGUAAAUUUUCGGAUUUUGGAAACUGAGAAAGACCUUCAUCUGCAUUUGAACUUUUUUUUAUCUUGGAAAACUUGGGAGGAUUUAAUGUAGUCUAAAAUUUUCCAAAAUAAGUAUUUCACAGCACAGGUACUGUAAUUAGCUUAUAACAGUUUUGUUCGGAAUAUAUAUGUAAUUAUUAGAGCAUUAAUAAGCUUUGCUCUUUUGAAUGGAAGCAGGAUAAUUUAUUAGCGCAGGAACUCUCCGUUCUGUUCUGACGCGUACACCUUUGAACGCUAAUUUAUUGAUUUCAGUUCAAGAAAAUGGAAGAAUUGUGAGAUCAUAUAAUAGACAUUUUUGGAAAGAUUGUUUUUUUGCCUUUGAUUUUUUUUCGAUCUUAAAUAACGGGAGGAUUCAAAAUACCAACAAUUUUUCUAGAAUAAUUUGAGCUUAAUUGGAGAGCUGUCAAUUUAAUAAAUAUUGUUUGAACUCUUAACAAUGUAAGAAACAUAUUUUUGAAGCCUUUCUAGGGUUGCAAACGUUAUAUUUUCGAUUCAAAGAGCAUGUGAAACAAUUUACAGGACAUUGAAUGUGUUUUUUCUAUGCAGUAUUUCUAUUCAAAUUAAUUUCAGCUUUCGUGUUGAAUUUUAUAUCCGAUUCGGAAUUGUAAAUUUCAAAAGAGUGUUUUCUGAAUUAAUCUGGAUCGAGCUUGUUUGUUUGACCGAAGUUUUUUGUGGGCUCAAAAAUCUUUUCUAGAAUUUCUACGAGAGGAUUUUUCGCUUUCGAACUAUUGAUCAUCUGUGGAAUGCUUGUUGCCACGGAUAUUUUUUUUUUUUGGGAGAAAAAAAGGAGGACCAUUUCCACCUGAGCCAAAAUGAGUUUGCGCGGGCAUUUCGGUUCGCAGCUCGUGUCCGUGCUUGUUAACGUUGUGAGUGAAACGACUGAUCAAAACGUGCGCGUGAGGAAACUCCAGAGCUUUACUUGGGGAGCACAAAAGAAGAGAAAAAAAACCUGGGGUCGCCUUGAAAUUGUAACGAAUCUUGCCAUGCAGCCGAGUAUUCUGAAAAAAAGCGCGGAAUCUCGUGGAUUGUUUUUUUUUUUUGUUCUCUUGCCAUACGAUGUGCCAAGAUUAUGACGACGACGACGGGCCUUGUGUCGCUUUCGCUGGGACGUGCUUUUGUGUGAUUUUUGUAGGCAACUUCUGCUCCUCUGCUAUCAAGAGAAAUCGGCUCUUUCGUGGAGACGCGUUAUUCCCUGCUUUCUUGUUCCCUAUCUUCUCUGACUGUUCCCAAUCGGCAUUUUUAAAUUUUAUUUUCCGUGACCAUUUUUGAAUUUGAGGAAAUCUUGCAUGAUCUGCGUACAUAGGAUUAAACGUGUCUCUAAAUGUAUUCGUUCGAGUGGGAAAUGCGCCGAAACGUGAGAAUGUUGUUGAUCAACUUAUUUUUUCAGUUGGUCAUAUGACGAAUCGAAUAUCAGAAUAUUGAUUUAAUUUUUGAAGUGCAACUGCAGCAGAAUUUUUGUCGUUGGUUACGAAUUCCGAUUGUUGAAAGCUUGAAACGGCUUCCUCUUACGAAAGCUUAAAUGAACGAAAAUUUAAAAGAGCUUGAUACCUUCACCAUCAGUCGGAGUUCUCAACUUGACCAAAAUCGGUGCUAUUCUAAUCCGUUUGAGGUCAUUGAAACCUAAUCCUGUUCACAGAAAAGACGUCUUGCGUUAACAAAUUUUUACGAUUCAUCAGAAGAUAGCAGGUGAAGGCGUUUAUCUAGGGAAGAGUCGCUUUUUCUUGAGCCGAGCAGCAUUGUGGGAUUUGUACGGUUUUUGUGUAUAAGUAACAUUCGUCCACGAGCUUGUGUAAUAAAGCGAACAAAUGUGGCAUAA